UUUCUGCCGCGAAAAUCCCGAGGACAAGCGGCCGAAGAUGCUGCACUUUGUGGAGGAGACCGGCCACGAGCUGGUGGUUCUGCCCGUCGCCGAGAAACUGUUGCGAGACGUUGGCUGGGCUCAGAACAUCUUGUCGAUCACGGCCGAGGAGCUCGAGUCCAAUGGCUCGUACUACACCUUGCUGCAUCACGUCAAUGAGAUAGCCAGCGAGCACGAAAAGCGGCACAAGAGCCAAAUGAACUCCGAAGUUCUUGAGGACACGGCUAAGAACUUGGAGGAUUCGAUAGAAUAUUUCCGGGCGACCAGUCGGCAAAAGAUACAACAAUACCACGACGAGCUGGAAAAUUUAGAGAAAUCCAUCGACGAGUCUUUCUGUGCCAAUAAUGAAAAAAUCGAUUACACCGAGAGAACGGAGCAAACGAGAUACGAGCAGAAGCAGCACGAGCUCUGGCUCAAAGAGCAGUCGGUGCUGCGAGAGAUCGGCCUGCUGGACAAGAGCAAGAAAUCCGAGGAUAGGACGUCGCGUGAGCUGCAGGCCUACAUGAAGCUGGCGAUAGCCGAGUGCGAGGCUCAGACCGUCGACUGGACCAACCGAUACAACUCGGAGCUGGAGCAACGCUCGCAGCGGAUGAACGAGAUGAAGGAGAAAAUCGAGAAGAUCCAGGAGGAGCUGGAGAAGCUGGAGGAGCUGAGGGCCGAGCGACAGGUGCUGGUGGACGAGUACGAGGCCGAGCAGCAGAGGAUCCUCGACGAGAUCGAGUACUGGAAGGCGGUGCACCGAGCGGCGACGAUAAUUCAGUCCCUGUGGCGGGGUUACAUGGUCAGGCACGAGCUGGGCGAGUUCGCGAAUCUGAAAGUACUGCUCUUGAAGGCGAAAAAGAAAAAGAAAAAGGGCAAAAAGAAAAAGAAAUGAAAUGAGACGCUUGACUCUUGACUUUU